GAACAGCCGGGACCGGUCACCGGGAACAGCCGGGACCGGUCACCGGGAUCAGCCGGGAUCAGCCGGGACCGGUCACCGGGAACAGCCGGGAACAGCCGGGAACAGCCGGGAUCGGCCACCGGGAACAGCCGGGAACAGCCGGGAACAGCCGGGACCGGUCACCGGGAUCAGCCGGGAACAGCCGGAAUCGGCCACCGGGAACAGCCGGUAUCAGCCGGGAACAGCCGGGACCGGUCACCGGGAUCAGCCGGGAGCGUCCCACGGCCCGGCCAGGGGCUCCGGAAAAGCUGCAGGAGACACCAAAAGGUGACACACGGGUGUCACACGGGUGUCACAUGUGUCACAGGGGUGUCACAUGUGUCACACGGGUGUCACAGAGGUGUCACAGAGGUGUCACACAGUUGUCACACAGUUGUCACACAGGUGUCACAGGGGUUUCACAGAGGUGUCACACGGGUGUCACAGGGGUGUCACACGGGUGUCACACAGUUGUCACAGAGGUGUCACAGGGGUGUCACAGGUGUCACACGGGUGUCACAGGGGUGUCACAGAGAUGUCACACGGGUGUCACAGGGGUGUCACAGGGGUGUCACAGGGGUGUCACAGAGAUGUCACAUGGGUGUCACACGGGUGUCACAGAGGUGUCACAGAGAUGUCACAUGGGUGUCACACGGGUGUCACAGGGGUGUCACAGGUGUCACACAGGUGUCACAGAGGUGUCACACGGGUGUCACACGGGUGUCACAGAGGUGUCACAGGGGUGUCACAGGGGUGUCACACAGGUGUCACAGGUGUCACAGAGGUGUCACACAGUUGUCACACAGGUGUCACACAGGUGUCACACAGGUGUCACACGGGUGUCACAGAGGUGUCACAGGGGUGUCACAGGGGUGUCACAGGGGUGUCACAGGUGUCACAGGUGUCACAGGGGUGUCACAGGGGUGUCACAGGGGUGUCACAGGGGUGUCACACGGGUGUCACACGGGUGUCACAGGGUGUCACAGGGGUGUCACACGGGUGUCACACGGGUGUCACACGGGUGUCACAGAGGUGUCACAGAGGUGUCACAGGGGUGUCACAGGGGUGUCACAGAGGUGUCACACGGGUGUCACAGGGGUGUCACAGGGGUGUCACAGAGGUGUCACAGGUGUCACACGGGUGUCACAGAGGUGUCACAGGUGUCACACGGGUGUCACAGAGGUGUCACAGGUGUCACAGGUGUCACACGGGUGUCACAGGGGUGAUUCUGCCCUGGGCUUUCCCGCCUGGGCUCUGCUCCAAGCCUUGUGAGGAAGCUGAGGACCCAAGAGAGCACCAAGAGAGCGGCAGGAAAGGAGCCAGGGAGGCAGGAGGGCUCCGGGAGCUGCCUCAGCUCGUGGAUGUCUUUAUUGGGAGUCGGAACGUGGCACAGGCAUGCGAACAGGACAGAGACAGGAGCGCUAUUGCCUCGGUGACAGAGAUAUGGCACAGCGGCAGCAGGAGCCUGACCCCCCAGGCCAGCCGGGAUCCCCAAACCUCGGUCUCCUAUUGCUUCCCAUCCCCAUCCCAGGCCCCGAGCGCCCCGUGCCCGUGGGAUCGGCGCCCGGAGAAGGGAUCCCAGUGGCCGUGUGGCGGUGCAGGGGUGGGAGAUGUCCCGGUGAGCGGCUGGAUCUCCACAGCUGGAGGUGAGGUGCAGCCAAAAGCGUGGGCGAGGCGAGGGGGCAGCCCAGGGGUGCUGGGGCAGCGUGGCCGUGGCAGGGCUGGCACCAGGAAGGGAAACGGGGCUGUCCCCAACCUCCCUCCCGACCCCACUGCUCCGAGGCACCUCUUGGGGGGACCCAGCUGCCAAACCCCCCCCAGCGAUGGAGCUGGAGCUUUGGGGAGAGAAAACUCCUUGGGAAGAGCUUCCCUGGGCUCUGGGGGGAGCAUCCCUGGGGAAUGCACAUCCCAGCCUCGGGAGAGCAUCCCUGGGGAAUGCACAUCCCAGCCUCGGGGGGAGCAUCCCUGGGCUCUGGGGGGAGCAUCCCUGGGGGAAUGCAUCCUUUAGCCUUAGGAAGAGCA